GUCAGAGUUCGCUGACGACACAAAGACCUUCCUGACGUCAGUGACUGCCAACGUGCUGGUCAUCAUGACAAUCACCAGGCCCCAACAGCGGCACAUUGCCGUGUAUUCCCCGAACCGUGUGUACAGAGAGCAGAUCACGGAUGUACUGCUCAGAUCUACUUCCCCUCACCUCGACCUUGAACUGUUCACCCGCCCAAGUGCCGACGAUCUAGAAGACAUAAGUGUCUUUGUGCAGAAGAACACCCAGGUGUACCGGAAAGGCGUCCUGCCCCUGAUCCGAGACUUUCUCGCCGGAGAGGCGGUGACCCCCGACGAGAAUCUGAACGCAAACGAUAUCGAAGAUGGAGAGAACUCUCCGUUCAACGCGGGUGUUGCGUCGUCGCCGGGCGACGCGAGGAGCGAGGAAGACGCUAGGGCCCAUAUCAACUUGGCCAAGACCCACCAGUCGGAUUCGUUUCGCUGUUCUCAGGAUCGUUACGAUCUGGCCGCGGUCGGUAUGGACGCGCUUAUCUCCCCUAGUCUGAGCAGCGACAGCGAGAUGGAUGCCUCGAAGAAGUUGUCUCGUGACGCGGGGAGUUAUGACGCUGAGGAAAAGGAGGCGCUCCGGGGCGGAAAGAGCGCCGGCGCAGCGAUGGACGACCUAAAUUUAGACGCGGGAGGAGAUAUUUUAGUCAGCGUGGGAAGCGGAGAUAACGGACAGGGGGACGGAGCGACGACAGUCAGUCGACUGUCGAACGACGCCGGAACAAUGUUGGACGCGGGGUUCUUCGUGGACAACCUCAUCGAUUUCGACUCGGCCGACAGCCAGUCGAUGGAGGUGAACCUGGCUUCCAGCUCCGACCUCAUGGCGGUCAACGACGACGAGCCCAGCUUCACCGAGGCCGGCGCUCCGCCCACAAGCGGGCUGGACAGGAAGGAGGAGGGCGAGGAAGCUUCCGAGAAGUUUGACCUAGUCAAUGACGACAGCGGCACCGAGAUGGGUUUGAUGUCGGAGGUCGACGACGUCCUUCAAAACCACAUGCCAUCCGACCUUCUGUGCCCGAACGUGGAUAGCCCCAUGGAUUACUCAUCCGCACCCGCGUCGGGUCACGCUUCCGGUCAGGCUUCGGGUCAGGGGUCGAAGGUACCCAGUUAUCCGGAUACGCCUCCCAACAGCUAUAUGGAACCCUCGGGCGCCAUGUUCUUUAAGGAGACGCAGCUGCCCAGUUUCAACAGCUCGGAGAUGGUGAAGAGAAUCAAGGAGAAGAAGGCGCUGCUCUCUGGUCACGUGACCAAAAGCAAGAGCGAUAACUUCGCCUUCAUGUUCGAGGAAGACGAUUCGGCCGACGGGAGCGGGGGCCUGCUAGGGGGCAGCAGCAGCGGGGGCGCCGGCUCGCUUAUCUCCCCUGCCGUACCUCAGAACAGCCGCGUGGACCUCACAGGAAGUGGAGGAGGCGGAGGCGGGAUGGGGGGCAGCGGGGGAGGAGGGUUCGACUUGCUGUCGUCGGCCGGCUACCAACUGCCCAAACUGACCAACGCCGACAUCAUGGAGCGGGUCAACGAGAAGCGGUCGCACUUCGACGACUGGGCCACCGUGGACUCUCUGGACGGGACGGCCGGUGGGCUGGACGCGGGCGGGCUCGGCGGGAGUGUUGAGGGGCUGGAGAUCAAACCCUCGAGGACGUUCUCCGACAGCUCGCAGCCGAUCGUUCUGAGCAGCAGCAGCGGGGAUAACGUGCCCUACACGCCACAGAACAGCUACGUAGGCGGGAGCUUCGACAGCUUCGCCCGCUCCAACCUGCCCAGUAUGAACAGCGCCGAGAUGGUGGCGCGCAUCAAGGCCAAGCAGUCGGCCAUGUUUGGCAGCGGCAGUGGCAGCUCCAGCCGAGUCAGCCGCAGCAGUCAGGGCAGCGAUGAUAGCGGAGGUUGCCGCAGCCCGGAGAUUCUCAUCGGACCCAGCGGGAAGAGCUCGCGAGGCGCCAGUUUGGACAGCCCUCAGGCUCCCUACACGCCGCAGAACAGCUACCGCGACGGGCUGAACAUGCUGGACGGUCGUCAUAAACUACCAGACCUCAACGAAGUCGCCGAAAGACUGUCGGUGGAGAACGUGAGUCAUCGCCAUAGCAACAACAACGGUGGUGGUGGUGGCGGCGCAGGAGGAGGAGGAGGAGGGGGGAGCCGUGAUGAGGAGACCUUCAACCUGAACCAGAACCGCACGGCGACGGCAGUGAGCAAGGGCCGCCACUCCAGCAGUCAGUCGGACUCGCAGAACACCAUGUCGGACGUGGACUCGCUGGUCAGUGUCAGCACGGACGUAGGCACGCCCAGCGAAAACGUGGUGGCCAGCGGCCUCGCGGGGGCCAUCAAGGCCGAUGUGUCGGGGGCCGCCUCCACCACUGGCGGCCUGCUCAGCCGGAAGGACACCAACGACUCGGAGGUGUUUACUCCGACAAGAGUUGACGCCCCUGCCGGCGGCGUGAGUCAGAUGGACUCCGGGGGAGCCCCGUCGGCUUUGGCUUUGGAGAACAACGCGUCUUUGGUGAACGGCUUGAAUAAUGGCGAGGGCGAAGGAGCGGUAAGGUCGGGCGGAUCUACGUCGAGAGACGCGCUGGAAGCCGCGGGGAAGGAACUCUUUUCCCCUGUGGAUGCGGAUAAGCUGACGAGCUACGAGGACAGGGUUCUUUUUGAGACGGCCGAGGGCAUUGUUGCUAAUAGUAUUGCGGCGGCUGUUGCGGUGAAUCGGAGAGAGGAUGAGGGAGAGGAGGAUGAGGGAGAGGAGGAUGAGUCUGCUGGUGGUAGUGGCGUUGGUGUUGGUUUACCCGUUCUGCCUCCAUCUGACUCGUUAGAGGAGGAGGAGGAGGAGGAGGAGUCUUCUGUGCAGGAUGGAGUGAACACUAUUGCCGAGCCUCCCUCCAAGAAGGAUGCGAAGAACGACACACCGGCUCAAAACGAGGACAACAAAGAAGAGCUGCCCACCAUGAACGCGGUGUCGACGGAAGAGACUAUGUCCGACGCGGCCUUGAACGAGCUGGCGUUUGAACUGGCCAACGAGCUGAUUCAGAGCGUGCUGGACGACUACCCUUUCUCGCAGGACGCUGCGGAGGAGGUCGCCAAUGCCACGUCCCCUCGGGAGAAUGGAAUCGAGGCCGGGAAAGAAGACGAGACGACGCAAGCGACGCGGAAAAUUGGGUUCGACAACACAGUGGCUCUCGAGAGGGGGGCCAUGGGUGGGGUCGACGACAACGACAACUAUAUCGAUUCCGGGCAGGGAAGUCAGCCCGGUUCGUCCGUCGAGUCGACUGGCUGGGGUUUUAAGCCUGAAGAUGUUGGAAGCGAAUCGGCUUCGGCGAAAGAUAGAAAAUUGUCCGCGUCUUCGGAUACGUCCACGAGUUCGUCAGAGAGAAAGCGGUCGAAAGACACGGAGUCGGCCAUGACGAUUAGGGAGGGUGAGGUGAAAACCUCUUUCCCAGAGCGACGCAUCUCCUCGGAACUCAACCUGGGAGAGGAGGAGGAGGAAGAAGAAAUCAUUCGCUCGUUCCCCGGACGGAAAUUCUCCAAGUCGGAAGAUUUUCCAGCCCGGCGUUUUUCACGGGACGACGGCUCCCGCAGAUCUUCCCGAAUCGACGACCCGCAAGACAACGAGCCAACAGAAGCGCCCGACGGGCUGGAGACCCAAUACCUGCCUAAUAUGGACCCUCUUCAAGGAAACCUGGACAUCAUCGGCAAUGACGCCUCCAUCUCGAAAAUGACGGAUGUAGACCGAGAGGUGGUGGAAGGCGAAAGCUUCCGGAAGAUCAGUGGGCAAGAGUUUAAUAAGCAUCAGCCGGUCACAGGAUUUAUUGAAGAAGCCCUGGAAAAUGCUGGAGAUCUUGGGAAAGAGAUGAGUGGUGGAAGAAAAGGAGGAGGAGGCUCUGAUGAAGAAGGGACUGCGGAGGAUGAUAUCUUUCAAGGUGCAGCGAACGAGGCGGGAUCUCAAGGUCAAGAGGUCGUGGGUGAGGACACUUUGUCGAGCCCCGUACCAGGAAACCGGCAGAAGAGAAAGAUCAAAGUGAGCUUCUCCGAAGACUUUGACGACGAGGUAGGGGACUACCACGUGCAGCGGGCCGCCCUCAAAUCGCCGCCUCCCCCGAUCGCCUCCCAGGACUCUGUGUCCUCGACCCCUCCGAUGACCCCGAAACUGGAAGCGGCGGAAGAAGCGGCCACUUCGUCUUCUUACCUCGCCUCGAAGCAUCCACUCACUUCUUCAUCAUCAUCUUUUUCAUCGUCGUCAUCGAAGCCGACGGCAGAAGGUGGGAGUGUUGGUGGUGGAGGUUCGGCCGGUGGUUCGGCGGACGGCAGAGAGGUGUACCUGACGUCUGCCGGGAGGAUCAGCAUCGCCAGCGAGGGCGAGGACUCGCCGCGGGCCACUUCCUCUUCCUCGUUCACGGACCCGGCACUGGUGCGGGAGCGCGCGCAGGUGGGCAUGAUUCUCGAGUCGGCCGAGGGGGCCAUCUCGCAGGCCGACCGCGAGCUGGACGUGUUCGAGUCCGGUGUCGCGGCGAGCGUUGUCGAACCCGGUGACCUCCAGCAGCAGCAGCAGCAGCCGCAGCAGCAGCAGCGACCUGUGGAUGCGCUUUUGCCUGACCCCCGUGUGACCCAUGACCUUUCAUCACAUGACCUUGCUGUUGUUGACCCCACAUCAGUUGUUGAUCCCUCACCCCGUGACCCCUCACCCCCUGACCCCCAAGUGCAUGGCGACCCCCCGCACGCUGGCCCCGCAGCUGUCAAUGUUGUCACCCCUCACCCCCCACCCCCAGCCUUAAACGUUGUGACCCCUGUUGAACCCCAAUCUGGUGCUUCUCGUUUGACCUCUGAACCCUGUGUUGUGACCUCUCACCCCCUGUCCACCUCCUCCUCUCCCCCUUGUUCCCCCGUGCGGCGGCAGAGAGAUUCGGCCAAGGGCGAUGAAGCUGAUGACGAUCUCUCCGCGACUCAUGUCAGAAAUUUGUCCAGUGCUUCCUUCGGAUCAAUCAAGGCGGUCUCUACGGCUGGUGUACCCAGACCUCGUAAGAAAGGUGCAGAGUUUCAAGAUGAGUGGCAAGACGACUCCAUCACGGAUGUGGCCGGGCGGCCUGAUAUGGCCCAGAUGGAUUCAAGCACUCAAGAUUCCCUGAGAAAGAAAAUUGUGCCCGACUCCUGUUUCGGAAUUGACAACGAUGAUGAUGAUGAUGACGAUGACUAUGAGGAUAAUGUGGAUGAUGAUGACGAUGAAGAUGUCGACAAUGACAGCGAGAUUGGUGACCUGGAGUGGGAGAAGAGAAAACUCCUGCAAGGCGUCGACGACACGCCCAUUCAGUCCCAGCGGCUGUCAGCGGAGGCCAUCGCCGAGGCGUCGGCGUCAGGGCGUGCGGAGGGUGGCAGUGGCGCCGGCGCUGAGGGAGGCGCUGAGGGCGGCGGGCCGCGCUGGAAGCGGGUGUCGGUGUCGGGGUCAGAGUUCAACAUAGACCUGCGCGCGGUGGAGCCCUUCAAGAGUGUUCUGUCGCACGGGGACGCCGCGAAAACAGAUGCCUGGUCUGGGUUGGCUGAAGCGAUGUUACCAGUCUAUUGACCGAAGGCUGAAGAAGAACCUGAAAGGUCUGUUCCUGGUCCAUCCGACCUUGUGGCUGCGGACCGUGGUCACCAUGAUCCGGCCCUUCAUCAGCUCCAAGUUUUCCUCCAAGCUUCGGUUCGUCAAGACCCUGGAAGAGCUCAACUCCCUGGUGCCUCUGGACAAAGUGACCAUCCCAGACGCCAUUGUCCAGCUUGAAGAACUUCUCAAGGUCAACCCCGAGUACUUGGAGGAGCGGGAUGCGGAGGAGAGCAGACAGAUGAAGGAGGAGAAAGAGGAGGAGAAGAGGAGGGCCAAGGAGGAGAAGAAGACUGCCAAGGAGGAGAAGAAGACUGCCAAGCAGGAGAGGAAAGAGGAGAAGAAGAGUUGGAGACAAGCUUUUGGGGGUUAG